AUGGAAGAUCCGAACCAACUGCAAUACGAACUCCUGACUCUGAGAAGGGCCGUAGACGAGCUGCAAGGUUCCGGACUAAGGAGCAUCGCGCGCACCCUGGGAGCCGUCCUCAUCCUGUCCGGACUCAUCAUGGUGAUCUUCCGUUGGAUGACCGACGCGCAAAUGGCGCGCUUCGAGAGAGACUGGAACGCAAAGCUUCAGACGGCGGCGCUUACGAAAACUGCACCAGACGAACCGGAGGUGGACGCCCCCAAAGCGGCGAUGAGGGCGGCCAGGGCCGCAUUGAAAGCUGCCCAACAGUGCAGGGAGAAGGUGGUCAUCAAGUAUCUCCCGACGCUGGACAUGUACUACCCAGAUCCCAACAAGCGACCCCUCCUAGGGGCCUACGUCCUCGGGAACAUGUUUAACGCGGCUUCGCCGCACCCUACCACCCCUCCACCGUCUGCCAGCGACCUGGCGAAUCCGAAUGAGGCCAACCGGUUGGCACUACAAGGUCCGGAAGAUUCCAAUCUGUUCCUCAACCCCGAGGUGUCCCUCUUCGGAUGCGGCAGUUCCCUGCUCAUGAGACCUCCCGACGUCCAGAGGACGCCUAUGGAGGAUCCGUUCGAAACUUCACCGGCGCCCGCUUUCUACGACCAGGAGUCUCCGGCCAUACCUGCCAACACGGUCUCGCUGUGCAAGCUCUCCAAAUCCGGCAGCGUGAUCGGGAUGUGUCACCUGGAGAUCAUACUUCCUGCAACUUUCGAUGACCUCCAACCGAUCACAUACGUUCCCGAUUGCAUGCUGCGGGGGAUAGAGUACGUCGGGUUCACCAUAGCGGGGCUCGAGAUCGAGAGGUUCUCCAGCCAGAUGCUAGAGUGCUACUUCAAGUAUUUCGAUCCGAAGCUCGCGGGCGACUCGAACGCUUUCCACGAGAUAUUCAGCGGCCACGACACGCCGCUGGGAAGGUCGUUCACUAUACCCCUGCCUUUCUUCUUCUCAAGGCAGGUCCUCGGACCGAAGCUGCCAGUGGCUGCACUCUCUUCCAUGGACGUGUCCGUCUCCUUGUCGCUCGGCAACAUAAGAAACAUCAUGCUGCCAAAGGCCGACGGCUCUUACCCGGUCUCCAUGAGCCCGGUGUCGGCAAAGAUCGUCGCCGAACGCUUCGAUCUUCCGGCGAGCGACCUGACGACAGCUUUUUUCAGUUCCGCUCAGCAGACGCAGCUGAUCAUGCAGAUAAGAUCGCAACAGAUCGACGUGAAGCCUGACACGAACGGGAAUCAGUCCGUCCUCUUGCACUUCAAUCAACCCACGCGGCGGCUCGUCUGGUUCGUCGCCAAUCCACAGGGGAACAUCAUGCAGAGACCAUUCGCAGCAUGCUCUCUGACGCUCAACAACGUCGACGUCCUGUCCAGAGGGCCUCGUGCGCACGACGGUUCGGACGGCAACGACGAGGCCUACUUUCGCUUGGUCAGCCCAUAUCUGUACAGCGGGGUCCACGGCAGCCAGACGGGUUUGCAUCAGUAUAGCUUCUGCCUGCAGAACCACUACACCAUUUCUGGCCCCGGAAUGUUUGCGAAGAAGAAGCCCCUGCUGUACCCGAUCGAGCCCAAGUGGAAGCCCAGCGACGACGGCCUGUAUCUGUUGAGCUUUCAGCCCAACGGCAACUUCGACCUGAGUCGACCAACUACCUCAAGCUGCGCUUUCAGAAUCCCUUUCCCCUGGGCGGGAGCACCAUUCACGUGA